AUGGAAGAACCAUUACCUAAGAUUGACUUGGUGCUAGCAUACGACCAAAUUCCGUUUGAUCUCGACGAUAUGCUGAAGACCGUCAUGAGCACAACCUUCGGUCCUUAUGAAUUCGUGCACAUGUCAUUUGGUCUACGAAAUGUCGCACAGGCUUCGCAAAGGUUUAUUGAGCAAGACUUUAGAGGGCUCGACUUCGUAUACGCGUACGUUGAUGACAUUCUUGUGACCAGUUCCAAUCAUUAUGAGCAUCUUUCACAUCUCCGAUCGACCUUCGAACGCUUUGCUCAGUACGGCCUUACGAUCACUGUUCACCAAGGUAUUUUCGGCAAAAGUUCUGUUGACUUUUUGGGCCACCGAAAUGAUUGCAACGCCAUUAGUCCACUUCCCGAGAAAACACAAGCGAUUGCAGAUUACCCCACGUCGCAAUUUUUCAAAAGUCAUCGUCGUUUUCUCGGCAUGGUGAAUAACUACAGUUGUUUAAUAUCAGAUUGCUGUGGGCUACGCCAGCCAUUGACCGAUUUACUUAAUGGCAGGUCACAAAAUUUCGAGCCUACACCAGAAGCUAUUUAUGCAUUCGACAAGAUCAAGCAUGUGUUGUCCAACGCGUCCGCGUUUGGUCAUAUGUGGACUGACGUGGACACCCCACACAUCCUUAAGACUGAUGGUCCUCCGACCGCCGAUGGGCUGUUCUCCAGCAGGUACUAA